AUGGGAGACUAUAACGGUCCACUGCCUAGAUCUCGGCCUCCAAGACGAGAGAAUGAUCCGUUACUCAGAAGUGCAGCAAGAGUCCGAGAUAGAAGACAGAACAACAUCGUCGUACAACUGUACGAUCUCGAAGCACAAGGUGGCAGAUUCGGACUGGCUGGAGAGCGAUUCAGCAUCAAUCAAAACGUCUUGUUCACAUCCUUACCCCGGACCAGAAAUGCAGUGAGGCGAGGAACCCUCCAGCUGGGGAGUUUCUUCAUACCUCAAGACAUGGUAGCCCAUCCGCCGCACAUUAUCCAUCAAGCAUUGCACUUUCUGUUCCGCCAUCUUCAAGACUAUUCUCGAACUCGGGUUAUCGACAUGUUUGGGGCAGCCGAGCUAGAGAUUGAAGAUGACCCAUCUCGCGACUUUGCAGUACACCGCUGGGCAGGCAUGAUGCAUGCCCUGUGCGUGGUUCUCGACAAUGAUAGAGGACUAGGAUGCUCAGACAUGCUCUUGGCUGAGAUUCUCGACUUUUUCGAAACUCUCAUCCACGAUGUUCACAACCUUGGGGGAUGGGACGAGGCGGCUAUCCUUUUUGAAGCCUUUGCCGGUAUCUUCAGACCUACACGAACAGAUUUGAGGCAUCAGGUUCGCAGGAUCUGGAAUCGAUUCGACCCUGAAGUGCAGGAUCAAGUGUUGGGCGACAUGAGACGUGCAUUGCCGGUUGAGGGUGUCGAUGGCAAGGCGCAUCGCAUGUACAGAGCAUUGGGGUAUUAG